ACGCCGCCCUCUCAUGUCCGCCAAUGAGCUCGGUCAGAGGGCGGGGCGAAUGGGCACGAAGUCCGUCGGUUGUAAACAUAAUCGAUUCUCGCAUCAGCUCUGUGCGGCGGAAGGAGUCACUCAAAUGUCAGCCAAUGAAUAACGCCCCCUUCGGAAUCUCCUCCAAUAACAACGCUCACUGGGCGGGCGGAGGCGGGAUUAAAGCGGAUUGGGGCGGAGUGAGUGGCACUCACAAACCAAGCGACUGAUCACAAAACCAUGAAUGAAGCAGGUGAGAGCUGGGGACAGAGCAUUCUCAGUCGAUGGGAUCUGGCUACAGAGAAAACGUCUAGAGAAGAUCAGGGCAGACCAGCAGAGACCAAGCCAGAGGUGGAGAAGUCAGCAUCCCUAUCUGUGGCUCAGCUGGCAGGAAAGUUCAAGGAGCAAGCAGCCACCAUUUCUGGAAAGGAGGUACCAGCCAAUAAACCAACCCGGAGGAAACCACCAUGCUCCCUUCCCCUACACACCCAAAAGGUGGAGCUGGGCCACAAUGGGGAGCCGAAGCCAUCUCCAAAUGCUUGUCUCCUUCCCAGGGUCAAGGUGAAAAGCUCUCCCCUGAUUGAAAAACUGCAGGCCAAUCUGACAUUUGCUCCAGCUGCCCUGGUGCCAGGAACAUCUCCAAAAAGCCCAGGUCUGAAAGUCAUACCAUCUCCCUUUAGCACUCCCCCUUCAACUCCCAGCAGCCCCGGCAUCCAUUCCCGUUCCAGUGAAUCGGAUGAGACACCAGUCAGUUUUGAUCAACCACCAGAGGGCACUCACCUGAAGUUUUAUAACAAGGUGCGGACACGGGGAUCACUGAAGCGCAGACCCCCCUCCAGGAAAUUCCGGAAGUCUCAGUCCGACUCCGGAGAUGGUGAAGAUUUAAGGGAGACUGGAUCAUCUCAAGAAAAUGGGGCCAAGGAAGAGGAUGGUGAUGAGGUAUUCAUGCCUAAGAGUCAGAAAGAGGAGUCGCAGUCACCUGUGUAUGGAACAGGCAGUAAACUGAUCCAGAAACAGAUAGGAUCCAAAGAAAAGCCACCCUCAAGGAGAUGGUCCAGCAGGACAGAAAACAAAGAGGAGAGAGAAAAAGAAACAGAGGCAGUGAAACCAUGCAAGAGCCGCACAGGAGAUAAAGAGAAGCUGUGCGAGAGCACUCCAGGGGAGGAAGAGAGGAAGUCAUCCCAGAGCACCCCAGAGGAGAAGUCAUGCCCAAGUACCAUGGGAGAUAAAGAUAAGAAGCUGUGCCAGAACACCCCAGGGGAUAAGGAAGGGAGCACCCUGGGGGAAAGAGAGGAUGGCAAUGCCUCUGAACAGGAAAAAAGGAACAAAGAAAAUGAAGAGGUGAAGAAGGAAGAAAACAGUGAGGGCAAAGACACACAGGAAGCAUCAGACACCCAGGAAAAGUCCCUGGAGACGGGGAUGCCACAGCCGGUAGCAGACACAGGAACUGCCAGUGAGCAUCAUAGUGUGAUGCUGAUGCAAGAACCUGGCACAGAGAUGAACCCAGUCAGGACACAGGAGACUUUAAUGUGAAGAGAAGCCAAACAGUCCAAUUAAGGUGCAGCUACUGGAGGACUCUCCCUUGCAACAGAUCAGCAGAAUAUUAAUAACGUCAAAGAUGUUCACUGCUCUUACCCAUAACAUUCUGUAGAAGUGGGAAAGAGAGAUUGGAAUUAAGACAUCUUUUUUUUGCUGCAGGGUUCAAAAUGGAUGUACUGGCUGACUCUUCUUGGGGUUUAUUGAGCAACUUCAUGGUCUGGAGAUCUGUUGCACAGUAGCUUGGGCAUGACAAACACCACCGUUUCUGGGCCCAGUGUUCACCAUUACAGCAAAGUUCCAAAUUUUGUUUGCUCCCCCAUGUUGGACUUUGAUGCAAUUCAUCAGUUUUGGACAGAUAUAAGUUGUGCCUUUUUAAAUAGCUUCCUUUGAAAUAUUUUCAGUUUUCAGAUGCAAGUAAAUGAAGUUUUUAGAAGUAGGGGGAAAUGAUUUUCUCUCUAUAUAUAUACAUAUGUGCUUUAUGGCAGACAAUGUGAAUCCUAAAUCUGGAGAAGAUCAUUUUUAAAUGGUUUAUACGGCAUCUUUGAUGAAUAUCUACUUGGACUAGAGUUGGGCUGGCAAAUAUGUAUUUGAAACACCUAACAGCUAAAGAUUAUUUUUCUGUAAGA